UUCAAUUUACAGGUGUAUCGUAAAAUUUUGCAUUCUCGUCGUUUCGCGAUCGACCGCGUCCGAAAAAAAAGUUUUUCUCGUAAAUUGAAGUCUUGCUGUGCUAAAAACUUUAAUUUUUCUUAUGUUUAAUCAAGUGCGAGUGAAUUCUUGUCGAGAACAGGCAGCGUGCAAGCUGUUUUUCAUGAAAACUCAUUGAUAACAAUUUGCUCUCCGCAGAAGGUAAAGUUGCACAUUUUUGACAUCUCGCAUCGCCAGGAUAAUCGGUGUGCUGUCAGAGUGUUCGUGUGUUUGUGCGACGGAUUUUUCGAUUCAGCGGACGUGCGUGCGAGUGUGUGUGUGUUUCGUUGUUGCGGCCCGACCGAAAAAGGGAACGCCAUAUUGAACAAAAGAAGAGACGAGAGAAUAGUUUGUCCGUCGUUCAGCAGCCGUGGUCGCCCGUCAAAAAGGCCCAGUGUGAAGCGAAACUGGAAAGCAUUUUUCACAAUCGGCACCAGAAACGAAACGAGUGAUUCUACGUGGACAGUUUCGUCACGGAAGGCUGGAUAUUUCCGCCGCUUGGGGCUCGUUCCAGCUCUCGGAUGUGAAGAAGAAAAGGGAGGCUGGGGAUUAGCAAGCAGCCGUGUCCGACUCCCGAGAAGAGUGUGUGUUUUCGUACAUUCUCUGUGCCCCUCGGAUACCAGUAAAAUCCUACAAUCACUGUUUAUAAACGCAAUCAUUUAUCAAAAGGUGCAAGGCAAACGUAACCCACAAUCGCUCGAAUGGAAAACCUUACUUUGUGAAAAGUAACCCACAAAUCAAAUCAACAACAUGUCUGGUCACAAUCCCCCACAUGGACGUCUAGGUCAACCGAAUUCCACUUGGAAUCCGUUGCAGGUGCCGUACAUCCCACGGCAACCGCAGUUGGCCCACAUGUCCAGUGAGCGAUCCAUGGCAAGAUCUCCGGUGACGUGGCACACACCGCCGACUCAUCAGGAUCAGCUAUACAACUUCAUGACUGCUAACCACAAGAACAAUCUAGAAAUCAAUCCAAUGCUGCCAGCAUUUGGGCGUAGCUCCGGCAUGCCGCUUGGAUCUGUGGAUUUGUCUCUGUCGUCGGCCGCCAGAAGUACGCCAUCUCCGAAGGGGGCCAAUCCGCAACAACCGGGCCCACCUCAACAGCAUCUGCCCUCGAACAUUCCACCCGGUCUGGGCGGUCCUCCGAUGCCGGACCAGAACGAUCACUUUCAUCCCAAGAUGAUUCCUGGACAUGGUCAACAGCCUCCGCAGCAACAACAGCACCAUCAUUCACAUCAUCACCAUCAACAGCAGCAGCAACAGCAACAACAACAACAACAGCAUCCGCCACAUCACAUGAACCCGAACCUCAAUCGUUCGCCAUCGGCCACGCAGAUCGGUGGCGUAAUACAAUCAACAGCGACUCUAAAGGAUCGUCAAUCAAAUCAGCAUCCGAGUGUUUCCGGUGGCGGUGGCGCAGGUGCGGUGGGCGUUGGUGGAAGUGGUAAUGCUGUUUCCUGUAAUUUUCUGGGAAAUAGCGGAACUAGUGGUAUGGGCCUAGGCACCGGCAGCGCCGGUGGAAACGGAUAUUACAAUAUGAUGAGUAGCAGUAGUAGCGGUAGCAGUGGUAGUAGCAUUGACGGCAGCAAUAGUAUUAACAGGCCACUGGGUGGGCAUAGCGGUGGAACAGCGCCGAACCCAGCAACAAACAUGGGAGCACCCAGCGAAUUUGCAGCGAUGAUCCCUGGUGGAUUGCAUAUCAAGGAUGCCAAACAGAUUAACAAUGAAGCUGGGAAGAACGGGAGGGAUAACAUGUCAUCCAACAACGAAUCAACCGAUUUAAUGAAAGAUAUUCUCUUGCAUGCUAUGCAAGCCAGCGCAGCCUCGGUGUCGCCAAAAAGGAAUUCGCCACUGCGGACACCUGUUCCUCCUAACCACAGCCCGACCCGAAGUCGGAGUCCGCCAACGCCCGCGCUGUUACAUUCAAUGGACCAACAGGCGGCAACUGCCUGUGUAAAUACAUCGUUUCCAAUGAAUCCUACAAAUGUGCCAUCGACACUAGAAGCCACCACCGGUAAUAACCCCGGUAGUAAAACCAACAAUUCAUCUACCACCGCUUCACCGGUGGUACCGACCAGUGUUGCCCCACCGGCGUCCAAUACGGAUCGAACAUCUCCCACCGAGCAAAGCAUCACUUCGAACGAAGAUUCAACCGAUUCUAACUCGAGCAAGUCGCGGAGACGGCGCAAGCCCGAUCGCACCAGCAAAAUGGGCAGCGAGGAGCUGGACAGGAUGCACGAGUUUCUCGGCGGGGGAGACGUCAGCGCAGACAAAUGUGAUCGAAUCGAAGGAAUUGAUCCGAUGAGGCCUAACAUUGCGGUGCGGAAUGAUAUUGCUACUCUCGCUUUGGAGGGAAUCAGCAGUCUCAGUCAAGGCCUGGCCAGUGAUAGUAGUCAUAGUCCACACAUUACGGAUCUUUCGGACAGUACCCGAGUAAAUCUGCAAAAUCUGACCGAAAGCAGUUCGGCCAACGGAGAAGGGCGAAAGUCUCCGUCGGUGUGCUCCGGUAUCGCCAAUGUUCUGUCAGCCGCCGCUGCAGCGGUCGUCAUGGAAUCCACCCGCAAAGACAGCGAGUCUAAUUCGGACGAUUGCGAAACCAUCGACAAAAUAGCGGCAAUGAUCUCCAGCACCGAGAACGAUGGCGUUGUCAGUGCACCUCCACCACGAAGCACCACCACUCCUCAGCAAUUGCCAGUGGAACCGGCUGUUCCUGCAGGUCAGAAACGGUCCAGUUCCCGAAGGAGUAACGGUCCCGUGAAGGCAGCCGAGGAACCACUUUCACUUCCCGGUGAUGAUAAAACCGAGUUGGGAAGAAACGAUACGGACAAAAGUUUCGAAGAGGUGGAAAAUAAACUGGAAGAAAUGUUUGCUGGUAUCGAUGAGAGUCUUCCAGCAUGUUCCGGAAAAUCGUCGCCCUCUAGCGGGAAGAAAUCGCCAUCACCGAAACAAUCGACUGAAUCUACCGACAUUCUCAUUGAAUUGUCCGGCAAAAGUGAAGAAUCGGCCCCACCUUCAACGUCUAGUGGUCCGUCUGCCGAUGCCAGCGAGGCUUCACCCGUGGCCAGCACGAGUGGAACGCAGAAGAAGAUUCUCACCCCGGCUGCCAAACGAGCAAAUGUAGGAAAAUCGGCCGGGGCUGGUCCGCCAAAUAAGCGGAAAAAGGUCCUAAAGAAGAAAAAUGUUCAGAGCAAAGGUGCCAGCUUUGCAGCAGCCGAAGAAAGGGCUGCUAGUUUAGGUGGAAAGGGCGGUGGCAAGAAGCCACUGCCGAAGGGCAAUGGGAAGAAAGGAAACGGUUCUGGGUCUGCUACGGCUGGAAAAAACAACAAGGCGAAACCUAGUGACGGAGGAGCUAUGGUAGACCCCAACGGAAAAUCCAAAGGUCCGUACGUUCAGAUCAAAUCGGACGGCAGCCACGUGGUGAUUAACACUCCCAUCAACGAAGACGACUCGGACAAACCUCAGAACAAAACAAAAAAGUUUACCAACAGUAUGAACAAUUCGGAAAAGAGCAAAAUCCGCGGGCUGCAUGUAAGUACAUUGAGCACAAAGUAUGACGCCGAUACGACGGACACCAGUUGGAUGUGCGUUUUCUGUAAAAUGGGACCGCACAAACAAAGGUUAGGGGACCUGUUUGGGCCCUACAUUAUCAGUACCAAAUCCAGUGAGUUCGAACAGAGUCAAACCGAUGAACAGUACUUUAAUGUGAAACGGACGCGAGAAAGUUUACAAUCGAAGCUCAUCAAAAAGGAGGAACCACCACCGGUCGCUGGAGCUAGUGCGUCCAAAAAACGAAAAAAUGCAUCAGAAGCUGCUGUUGCUGUCGGCGUACCAAGUACGAGUGCAGCAUCCCAGCCGGGUCCGUCCGACCAGCCCCAGUUCCCGGACGACAUUUUCUACGGUAUGAUCAAAGCCGGAGACGACUCGUACGAGGUGUGGAUGCACGAGGACUGUUUGGUGUGGGCACCCGGAGUGCACAUCAUUGGGACGCGCGUUGUCGGCCUGGAGGCGGCCAUUUGGAACUGCUGCCGACAUCAGUGCAGGAUAUGCUCGCAGCACGGAGCGACAGUGGGCUGUCUGCAGCGGGGAUGCAGUGAGGAGGCGCAUGUCGUGUGCGCGAGGCGAAACGACUGGGAAUUGAGCGACGAGUUCAAGUCGCACUGCGAAAAGCACUCUAAUGGUGGGCCCUCUUGAGUACUGGGGAAAUAGAAAGUACACUAGGUUUUGUUUUCUUUUUGUUUGUUUAUAUUUUGUUCAGUUUUGUAAACUUUUUUUUUUGCAAACUAAAUCACUUCUAUUUAAGAAGUGUGAAUAAAAAGAUCUGUUUUCAAUGUAAAAAGGGCCAACUUAUGGGAGGAGGCAUGUUUCCUAAUCGACGGUAACUAGAGUAGUUCAUGAAUGAUAUUAAAGAUGGCUUUUAAAUCUACCUGCCGUGUGAGAAAGAACAGUUACAUUUCAAAUUAAACUGUACAUUUUAGUCGUGUAAAUAUAGUCAGUUAGAAUUACUAUUAUUUUUUAAAUUUAGCUUUAAAGGUGCGAAGCGUGGAUGCUUGGAAGAGAAGGGACGUGAACGAUGUUGUAAUUCUCAUGACGGUAUCUCUGUGGAAUAACUGUAAACAGCUAUUAAUUUAUUGAACGAAAAUGUUAGUGAUGCGAUAUUACUGCAUUAACAUUGCACAUAACUUUGGCUAGGCUAGAAGGUUUUCUUUUUUGAAGAAAUACAAAAUUUAAAGAAAAAAAAAACAAACUGAAGCAACAAUGAACAUUACAUUUGACAAUGAAAGCAAAUAGAAAACACACGAAUGGUAGUAAUUCGUUGGAUGCAUGUGAUUUAACAAAAAAAAUGGAUUAAAUUUCAAUCAAGGACAGCACACGUGUACUAUAUAAUAUUAAACUGUGUCUCCUUGGCGACAAAAAAUCUGGAAAAUUCUCGUAAAGUUUUAGUGAGUCAAUCUAAAAUGCUGCAAAAUAAACGAAAAUGUAUUAAAAAUACUAA